AUGGAAGACCAGAUGCAGAGAGGCCACUGCAAGUGGUUCGACUCCAAGAAGGGUUUCGGCUUCAUCACUGCUGAGGACGGCACCGAUCUUUUCGUCCACCAGACUGAGAUCAAGGCGCAGGGCUUCAGAAACCUUGCCGAAGGCGAAAGCGUGGAGUUCCGUGUCCAGGUCGGUCACGACGGCAAGAGAAAGGCGGUCGGCGUCACUGGACCGAACGGCAGCUUUGUCCAGGGCGAGCCCCGGCGCAUGGACGGCGGCCGCGGCGGCUACCGUGGAGACGGCAAUGCCGGCCCGAGAUACGGCGGCAAUGCUGGCGGAUAUGGCGGCGGCUACAACAACGGCUAUGGCAACCCUGCUCCUGGCGGCUAUGGCUAUUGA